AUGUCUGCUCGUCAGCUCUCUCUCCGUCGCGGAAAGAAUGAACCCGUCCAAACGUUUUCUCGUGCCCGAGGAACCGAUGAAACUACUUCGGCUCUCCUCCGUUGUACCCUCCAGCCUGGCAUGAACAACAACCAUCGCCAGCAGGUGCUUGGGGAUCCCAGCAAUGCUUCCCAGUUUGCUUGCAUCUGGAAUGCCAAGGUUGGAAUCCUCACCCGUCCCGUGAUCAUCACCCUUGACAAUGGAGACCCCGUUGUUGUUGGGGAUUUUACCGACACCAUUGGUGAGCCCUUCGCUGUUUCCCUCCCGGUUGAUGAGUUCUUUGGGUUUGUUACCACUCUUGUCUGUGCUGGUGAUGCCGCGCAUUUCCGCUUGGGAGUGCACCCCACCUCCCCUGAUACUGUAGCCGGACCGCCGGUUGCUCCUCCUGGUGGAGUCCCUCCUCCUAGGCGCAACCGGCAGGACCCCCCAGCCCCUGUGGAAGCUACCCUUGGGCGCCUCAACUUCCCUGGCCUCCCAGACGAACCUGGCAAUGAUGACCUACCAAGGAUUGCAGCUUUGCCGUUGUUCCUCCCUCUUGAGCCUGGUUUCACGUUUGAACACCGCUCGGAUCUCCAGAACAACCAUUCUUACCGUGACACUUACCGCCUUUUCCAUGUCUGGAGGGAAGGAAUGCAGUACCUUCGCGCCAUGAACGGGUGGAUGUCCGUCACCACCGGUGGAACGUUGUUCCACCUCCCUGGACUGGAAACCGCUGCCGUAAACCCCAUUGCCCAGCUGGCCAUCCGGCCCCGGAUCCUUGCUGCCCCUGUGCCUGUCCUUCCUGACAGCCCCCUCUAUGGUCCAUCUCGCACUAGGUUUGCUACCUGGUCCACCACUGCCUGGGUCGACAUUGGAUCUACUUUGGAGCCCCUGGCCGACGAGAUUCCUCCUGCUGUUGGAGGUGGUUUAAGUGCCGACCAGAUCAAGGCCGUUGUUGAACCCCUUAUCAAACGAGACAAGGCAUUUGGUUCUGCUGAACGGACUGCUGCCCGUCUCCGAAUCCUUCUUGCGGGAUUGCCCAUUGGUGACACUGAUGACACUGCCGCCAUGGUGCUCCCGGAUCUACGGGACGAGUUCAGUGCUUACUUAUCUAUGGGGUCCAGUUCCACUGCCGGUGAUGACCUACGAGAGUUGGUCAAAGCCCGGUUGGUCCUGUCCAAUGCAAGUGACCGAGCGGUAGACUCCAGCGUCACUUUCCGCCCGGAGAAUAUCACGUUGGCGUUCAGUGACAGGAUCAGGACUUUCUCUUGGUUGUCCGUCCGGCUCCUGUCCGCUUCAUUUACAACAGCCCAAUCGAACCUAUGCCUUAUCCAUUUCUUGACCCCCGAACGCGACGCACUGUCUGUCGUUGCUGACGGUGACCACCAAGCCCGGACGAUCCUCAUGGCCAACUCAACCAACAGCACUGCGCAGAUUGAAGCCACAAAGAACAGUCAGCUGUACUCCGGGGGUGCUCUGCAGCACUUCCGUCAUGUGUACGAAGCAUUCUGCAAUCUCCGGCUCCUUUUUGCAGUCAUGAUUACUGACUUAACGACACCCAUUGUUAUUGUCAAGAUGGCGGAAUACGUCAACCUAUUGAUGGACGCCUCUGGGAAAGACCUAUGGGAUGUGUACCGAAACCAUCCGUACCUUGCCAUUCACCCAUGGCAAGAACUCCAAUCAAUCCUCGGGGCCUUUCUUAGGCCCGCAACCAAUGCCACUUUGUAUGCAGGAGUGAUUGCAGGAACGGGAGUCCAGUACAGUGAUUUCCGUGGCGCAAUAGCCACUGCUGAUUCCCAUAUCCAUGACCUCCAAGCCAUCCUAAAUGGGAGCGGUUUGGGAAAAUUUGAAGGCACACCUACUUGUGCCUCUUGGUUUAAAUUCACUGGAACCCAUGCCGGCCGUCCUCCUGCAGCCGCCCGUCCUCCUGCAGCCCCCCCUGCACGAAGUGGUGAUCGGCUUGGUGACACAGCAUCUGCUAAGCGCCAGAGGGUGGACGAUCCGGCUGACAACGAUCGAAAGAAAACCCUUGGUAUACUUACUUUCGACUCCACUGUCGCUGGGACUAGUCGUCUUCCCACUGUUACAGCCCGAGCCAAGAAGCGUGGCUCCAAAACCCCUGAGCGGUUGUGCAUGAAGUUCCUGACUCAAGGUUUCUACUGUGGCAAUGGCAACGACUGCAAGAUGCCUCAUAUUGCCAACAUUGAACUCCUUACAGAGGACAAUCGGGCUAAGCUCAUAUCGUUUGUCAAGGCCCAGGCUGGACUUGCCUGGGCCCCUGGUAAAAUGCCUGCUGUCACCUCUUCUUCCUUGUGCGUCCCAGACCGGACACUUCGUAGCUCUAAGUUGACUAUGAGUGGACCCGGCCUGGGGCCACGGACUACUUUGUCAGACUCUACAGGUUCCUCUAAUGACGCUGUCGAUGCGCUCUCGCGGUACUUGCCCAAGCCUGGCCCCAGAUCUGUGCCCGCUGACGAUGUACCAGACGCUGAUAUUGGAAAUGGCUUGGCCAUUCGACGUGCCCAAGAAUGGUACCCGACACAAUCCGAAGUGAUUGAUCCUGAGGACAUUACGCUGAAGGAAGUCUUCACACAGUCCGUCCAGCGACGCUUCCGUGGUCAACUUGCCGAGCGACACCCCGCGGUGCUGGCCAAAGUUGACCAACCAUUCGGUAAGGACAAUCUGUCCCAGUUUCUGUAUUCUACUCCUGCCCUGCGACAUGUUCUGCUUCCACUGGUGAAGACUGGAUUCCUCCCGAUUGGAUCCAACGACUGGCUAGCAUUUUGCACCGCCUACUACCCUGCCCUUGUUCUCAAAGAGCUCCUGUCUGAGCUUUGGACUACCGGUUUCCGCGGAAUCCGUGGAUACCCAGCUGGCUGGGAAACGGAGACCGAGUUGAACCUCAACCGUGUCAAGAUGGCCACUGCCGCCCUGUUGUAUUUUGAUGGGAGUGUGGCUGAUCUGGUCCGGUGGAUUGGUGGGCCGCAUGUUGCUGCCCACAGGAACCAUACUGCGACCCUUGAAGCUCUGACCAAUGCUGGAGCUGACUCCCACGUUGCCCGCCGUCAACUUGGCAGGCAUCUUUGGCUGAACGAUCCUACUGUUGAAGCCAGAGUCCUCCCCCAUCUCCCGGCAAUUCAAAUGGCUGAAAUGCCUACAGAUGUGGAAUUGGAGGCCUUUGAGCCCAUGUG